GCGAGGCGCGAGGAUCCCGGGACCGGCGCGUGCUCCGUGCUAUCUAGGAUAGGUGUGGUUGCUCGUCCGGGUUGGUUGAUUGGCGGGUAUUGGAGGGUUGUUGGCCGCUGUCAAAAGGAGAUCAUUUUGUUACAAGAGCGCACCAUGGAGGAUGAGAUUCAGGCCGGCGAGGACGGCCUCUACUGCGUCGGCUUCAAAAACGUGUAUGCGCUGACGCGCGAUGAGAUCUUGGAGGCGCUGUCGCAGUACGGCCGCACGCGCUCCGUGCGCGGCUCGUGCGACGGUCUCAAGCGCAGCUGGACGUUUGUGCGUUUCUCCAACCCGGAGGAGGCGGUGCGCGCCAUCACGGGCCUUCGCUCCUCGCCGCACCUCUGUGACGUCAACUACGUGAAGUACGUGCAGGACCGGCUCCCGCCGGCCAGCCAGGCGGGCGUAUCGCCGCUGGUGCGCGCCGAGCCGGUGCCGGAGCUCUCGCCGGUGCGGCCGCCGGCGCCGGCCGCGGCGCCGCCCACCGGCACCCGGCACGGCCACCACGAGGUUUUCAUCGGCAACUGGCCGCACGACCUCGAGCGCGACGACGUGUUCCAGCUGUGCGCCAAGUACAACGUCGAUGCGGUGGACGUGCGCCUCUACAAGAAGGAGUUGAAGUGCUAUGCGUUCGUGGUGGUCUCCAGCGCCGAGGACGUGCGCCGAGCCAUCGAGCUGCUCGACGGCGGCAAGGUGGCCGGACGGCAGAUCGUGGUCAAGGAUUCACGCAACAGCCUCGCCAAGCAGGAGCCGGCAGCGCAGCCACAGGAGCAGAAGGCUGAGCUGGAGGGCGACUUUGACGAGCCGUUCGUCAAGCGCGGCCGGUUCGACGACGUGACGCCGGCCGGCCGCACGACGGGCGCCAUCUCGGACCGCAUCAAGAGUCGCCUGCACGCGCCCAUGGACGUGGUGGUGGCCAACUUCCCGGUGGGCACCAACGAGCACGACCUGUUUGCCAUGUUCCGCAAGUUCGAGCCGCUGAACGUGCGCAUCAUGGUGAACAAUUCGAGCCAGCAUCCGGACGACUUCACGUACGCCUACGUGACAGUGUCCAGCCGGAUGGCGGCCGACGAGGCCGUCAUGGAGAUGGACGGCUUGACCUUCCAGGGUCGCCCGCUGGUGGUGGAGACCAGGAAGAACUAG